UUGUUCUUGAUUUAAUCAGAUGCAUUAUGUUAUUAAUAUCUGUUUACAAUUUGAAGUAUAAUAAAUAAUUAUGAUCAAAGCUAUUUUGGUGUUCAAUAAUUAUGGAAAGCCUAGGCUUUCCAAAUUCUAUCAAUACUUUAAUGAAGAUAUGCAACAGCAGAUAAUUAAGGAAACUUUUCAAUUGGUUUCUAAACGGGAUGAUAAUGUGUGCAACUUUCUAGAAGGUGGAAGUCUUAUUGGAGGAUCAGAUUACAAAUUGAUUUAUCGCCAUUAUGCAACACUAUACUUUGUGUUUUGUGUAGAUUCAUCAGAAUCAGAAUUGGGUAUUCUUGACUUAAUACAAGUGUUUGUGGAAACACUUGAUAAAUGUUUUGAAAAUGUUUGUGAGCUUGAUCUCAUAUUCCAUGUUGAUAAGAUUCAUUAUAUUUUAAAUGAAUUAGUGAUGGGUGGAAUGGUUUUAGAAACUAAUAUGACUGAAAUACUUUCAAGGAUUGAAGAACAAAACAAAUUAGAGAAACAAGAAGCUGGAUUAGCUGGUGCACCCUCCAGAGCAGUUUCAGCCAUGAAAAACAUGAAUAUACCACAACAGUUGAAAGAUAUAAAACUUCCAGAUCUGCCACAAGCUAUUAAAGAAUUGAAGUUCUGACAUUCGAGGAACAAAUUGGUUUGUUCUGAAGCCUAUCAUAACUAUACAAAUUGAUAAUAAAAAAAUGAACAAAUAUCUGUUAUAUACUGAUAAGAAACUAAAUUUAAAAUGUUAGAGAAUG